AUGGAUAAUCCGAAUGCAUACGGAGGCAACAACGGGGGUCUUAACAACCGUUAUGCAUUUACUCAAAAAAGCCAAGUUUUCGAUUUAGAAUGUCCAUUGUACGAGGACAUAUUUAGAAUUGAUAAAUACUUGAUCAAUGGAGUGGAUUUGCACUUGAAACUGUUUAGAAAUCCCUCUGUUUUUGUCUUGAUGAGCAAAGAAGCCUCUCCUAGUUACAAGUUGCAGUUACUGGAUGUGUCCUUUAAAGCAUGCAUGAUUAAGGUGGACAGCGGAGUUUUGAUCAGCCAUUCUGAAAUCUUGAAAGACAAGACAGCUAAAUACCCCCUCACUAGAACUGAAGUCAAAAUGAGCACAUGUACUCAAGGUUCUGGUUCGUUUAUUUGGCAGAACGUUUGGUCCAACACCUUACCAACCAAAGCUGCAUUUUGCUUCAUAUCUCAAAAAGCUGUCAAUGGUCAUUACGAGAAGAAUCCAUUCAACUUCCAGAACCUGGUAGAAGAGAUUGCACUUUACGUGAACGGAGAAAGCAUCCCCGCCCGCCCUAUGAAAAUCGACGUAGGAACCAAUCAAAAUUACGUUACACUCUUUGUCAAUUUAUUUGAAGCCGCUGAGAAAUGGAACAAAGAUGCGGGUUUGGAAAUCACAAGAAGUCAGUUUGGCAAAGGAUAUGCCAUAUAUGCUUUUAAUUUGGCACCUAGCGACCUUGGUGAAUAG